GGAUCCGCAGCUGUGCCGGGCGGGGCCGGGCGCUCCCCGCAAGACGCCCUGCGCCGCUGCCUCCCAGUGCGCGCGCACUCGCAUCGGCCCGCGCCGGCCCCGCAGCCGCAUCCCCGCGGCCCCGGGCGAGCGGGGGGGAGGGGAACGGGAGCAGGAGCAGGAGUAGGAGGCGGGCGGCAACAGUGGCAACAUGGCGCUUGUCCCCUGCCAGGUGCUGCGAGUGGCCAUCCUGCUGUCAUACUGCUCCAUCCUGUGCCACUACAAGGCCAUUGACAUGCCCGCGCACCAGACCUAUGGAGGCAGCUGGAAAUUUCUGACGUUCAUAGAUCUGGUUAUCCAGGCUGUCUUUUUUGGGAUCUGUGUAUUGACUGAUCUCUCCAGUCUCCUCACCAAAGGAAAUGACAACCAAGAACAAGAAAGACAGUUAAAAAAGCUCAUUUCUCUCCGUGACUGGAUGAUGGCUGUUUUAGCUUUCCCUGUUGGAGUUUUUGUUGUGACAAUGUUUUGGAGCAUCUAUAUCUAUGACAGAGAACUGGUUUACCCAAAGCUGCUUGAUAAUUUUAUACCAGCCUGGCUUAAUCAUGGGAUGCAUACAACAGUUUUGCCCUUUGUAUUAAUCGAGAUGAGAACAGCACAUCAUCAGUAUCCCAGCAGGAGCAGUGGACUGGCUGCAGUAUGCACCUUCUCCAUUGGCUAUAUUUUAUGGGUGUGCUGGAUUCAUCAUGUAACAGGAGUCUGGGUGUACCCUCUCUUGGAAUACAUAAGCCCAGGUGCCAAAAUCAUCUUCUUUGCAACUGUCACCAUAAUCAUUAAUGUGUUCUACUUGCUGGGAGAGGUUCUGAAUAAUUACAUCUGGGAUACACAAAAAUGUACAGAAGAAGGAAAAGAAAAGCCUAAAUUGGACUGAGCAUUAAAUACCCACAGGCAGAGAUUGCCUGUUAUUCCAUGGAAGAUUUCUCAACACCAACAGAGGUUGGCUUGGAGAAGAAUCUUUUGGCAAGCUGUUUAUAUGGACCCUGUACUCAGGGCAAGGAUCAUCGUUUUUUUAUAUAGGUAGAAAGUACUUUUAGCUAAUAACACUAACCAUGUUUUAAUCCCCCUUUUUCCUAUACUCGCAUGUGCUGUGUAUUCUAAGAUCUAUACUAUCUCGAAAACGUUUUCAACAAGUAGUACAACCUAUGUCAAUGUAAAUGCCUUUUAAUUUAUUAUGAGAGAAUGAGUCAAUUCUUUGUAUUGCUUGGAAAGAAGUUAAGCAGAUUGGCCUGAUUUGGGUAAAUAUGAUAAUCCUUUAUAUUUCAAAGUGCACUCUAAAGCUUUAUUAAAAGAUAGCAACAUAAAUUUACCUGAAAGAAUCCAAUCAAACUUCAUUAUUUAAUGUAACUGUAUAUAGUGGGUAGGCAAUACUAAGAGUUAUAUCAAUUAAUUGCAAUUAAAGACUAUCUGUAAAUGAUGGAACUUUUGUUAAAUGCAAGAACACAUAAAUAAAGAUCAAAGUAUCCCCAGGA